CCCAAUGGAGCCUUCUAAAGAACCUAGUAGGAUUAGCAAAGAUAACUUUUUAGAAGUUCCCAGUUUAUCUUUUUCUUGUUCUGAAGAUGACGAAGUUGAAGCUACUUUCAAACCUGGUUUCUCCCCUCAGCCUGCUAGGCGAGGUUCUGAUCCUUUUGAAAAUAUGUACUUGGACACACCAUCUUCAGGUACGAGAAGAGUCUCAUUUGCUGACACCUUUGGACUCAAUCUUGUGUCUGUCAAAGAAUUUGAUUCCUGGGAAUUUUCAAGUUCUGGAACCAAUUUUGACAUUAAAAAGGACAUUUUCCAUACAGAAGAAUAUGUUUUAUUUCCACAGUUUGAUUUGCCUCCUUCAAAAGAAGAUCUUAUGCAACAGCUACAAGAGCAGAAAGCAAUUUUGGAGUCAACAGAGUGUUUUCCUGGGUCUACAUGCAUGAAAGGCAUUAUUAGAGUGCUGAAUAUUUCUUUUGAGAAGUUAGUAUAUGUGAGAAUGUCCUUAGAUGACUGGCAGACACAUUAUGACAUUUUAGCAGAAUAUGUUCCGAAUUCAUGUGAUGGGGAAACUGACCAAUUCUCCUUUAAGAUUGCAUUAGUUCCUCCUUAUCAAAAAGAAGGCAAUAAAAUUGAGUUUUGUAUACGCUAUGAAACUUCUAUUGGUACGUUUUGGUCAAAUAAUAAAGGCAAAAAUUAUACAGUGGUUUGUCAAAAGAAGGAACAAGAGCUGGAGCCCAUGAAGCCACAGGAAGAAGUUCCUAAUAGACAAAUAAAAGGCUGCUUAAAGGUAAAACCAAGCAAAGAAGAAUCAUCAGUAACAUCAGAUAAGAAUAAGUUUGAGAAUUCAAAUAUUACAGAUACCUCUAUUCCAGCAAUUGUUUGUUCUCAUGAAGACAAGAAAGACUUGGAAGCCAGUAAUCAAAAUGUAAAAGAUGUAAACAGGGAACAUGAUGAACACAAUGAAAAAGAAUUAGAGUUGAUGAUAAAUCAACAUUUAAUAAGAACCAGAAGAACUGCUUCCAGAGAUACAAAGGAUUCAUUUUCAACAGGUUCAGUCGAUUUUCCAAACAAAGCUGAGGAGCUAGAGAAGAAAAAAGUCUGCGAGGAAAUAUGCAUUGACUUGUUUAAAAGGCCAUUGUCUCCAAAUUCAUCAGUUGAAAACUCACUAAACAGAGGUCUUUACCACAAAGAAAAUGAGUGCGCACAUCAACCAUCAGAGGAAAUUACUCCCAGUUUGGAAGAAAUCAAACAGUUGUUGGAUGAUGAUACCAGUGGUGAUGACUAUGUAAGGCUACAUACCAAUGGCAGAGACAUGCUGGAUGAUAAUGCUAAUCUAGCCAAAGGGAAGGGUAGUAUGCAAAGAUAUUUUCUUUCCUCAAACCAACCAGUGGCAGAUAAUGUUAAUGAGAAGCACGAAGGAGAGGCCAAGGCAACAGAAGGAAAGGACUGGGAAUGUUUAAGAGGGGAGUCCCACUUGAAAGACUCAACAGGAAAGGGUUCUUCUGAGAAAGUUUAUAGCAAGAGUGAGGAAGAGGAAGGGGAGGGAAAAAGAACAUACUUAGUCAUUAAUGAAAAAUCAAAUAUAAGUUUUCAAGACCAAGAUAGAAUGACUGGUCACUCUGAACUAAGUAUGGAAAGGAUUGGUGCUAGUAACCAAGACCUAGCUUCUCUGCCAAGAAAAGAUACAAUUUCUGGUCACACCAUCACAGAAGAUAUGUUUUCUUCACUACAGACAAAUCUAAGUUGGAAAGAAACUGUGUUAACACGCCCAGAGUGUGAUCUUUUGAGCUUUAAAGGCACCACUUUAGGAGCGACAACUGAUCAAGUUUGGUCACCAAAGAAUGGGAACGUUUUGAGAAAUGAUGAUCUGUCCCAAAUUGAAAAAGAAAAAUCAUGGGUUCAUCCUGAAGACCAGAAAGAGAAAACACAGCACAAGCAUAGUUGCAAUGUCCUAGAAAGUCAGGGACAAACAAAAAUGAGUAAGACAAGUAGAACCGAACAGAUCAAAGAACUAGCAGAUUGUCAAGACACGUGGGAAAAAAGAGAUACUACAAGGAGUUUGAAAGCUACUCCUACAGAAGAAUUGUUUACCUGCCAAGAAACAGCAAUCUGUGAACUGUCUUCUCUAGCUGAUCGUGGUGUUACUGAGAAAGCAGAAGCAGGUACAGCUUAUAUAAUUAAGACAACAUCAGAAACUACUCUAGAAAGCAUGUCUGCUAGAGAAAAAGCAAUAAUUGCUAAGCUACCUCAAGAGACAGCACAAAGUGACAGGCCCAUGGAGGUAGAGGGAACAGUGUUUGAUCCGCAUGAAGGGAGAGAUGAUAAUUCACAUUAUACUCUUUGUCAACGGGAUACAGAAGGUGUAAUCUAUGACAAUGAUUUUAAAAAGGAAUCAUGUUUAGGUAUUUGUAAGGUACAUGUAGAUGAAAUAGGCACAGAAGAAACCAAAUCCAGGUGCCCUCCUGGGAAGAUAUAUGACACGAAGAAAUGUAGUAUUGGAGAUAAAACAUUUGUGGAAGAAUCCUUACAGGUCAUCACAGACAAUCAGAAAGCUGCCUCGCAACUUGAUUUUCAUUUGAGAAUGUUGCCAUCAGACAAAAACACAUUUCCAGAAAAUAAAGGUCAUGAACAGGUCCAGGAAUUACCAAAGAAAACAGAUACAGUUAUUCAUUCUGCUUUUAACCCAGAUAAUAAUAGAUCUUCUUCUAAUGAUUCUUACAUCUCCAAAUCCCACUCUAAAAUGUCAGUAUUGUCUGAUAAACAGGCAUUUGCAAGAGAGAACACUGUUAGUACUACGAGUCUCCAAUCUAUUUCUAUGAAGUCAGAAUAUAAUUACAAUCCAACAAAUGCAGUGCAACAUGCUGAGAAAUGUUAUCCUGAUUCUAAACCUGGAGAUAUGUCCAAAAAUUCAGAAAUAGAGACAGCAGGAUAUAGAAAGGAUAAAUGUGAAGACCAGAUUUGUCAACAAGGAGACUACAAUAUGGAACAAUCUCCAGGGUCAAAGAUUUUGAUCAGUGGAGAUUUUGAAAAUAUGGGGAAGGCAUACCAUGAAAAUGAGGGAUUAAUAAACUCUGGACAAUCACUGUGCUCUUCAGGUGACAAGGAAUCCGAGAGCUCUGUGUCUACAAGUCUCUUUGCCCAAGAAAGUCAAGCUGAAAGCAGCAAAUCACUCCUUUCACGAUAUAUGCACUCUAAAAUAUCAUAUUUUCUUUUGUUUCUGAUCUUUCUUGCAACCAUCUACCACUAUGACUUAAUGAUCGGAUUGGCAUUCUACCUGUUUUCAUUGUACUGGCUCUCAUGGGCAGGAGGGAGACAAGAAGAGACUGUCAAAAAGAAGUAACCUCAGCACUAUUACAAUUGUCUCAUAAAAGAUAAGCUAUUUAGCCCCAAACAUUUGGUCUGGUGAGAGAGACUAUUCAUUGUUCAAAGAGCCAGUGCAGUUUUUCUCUUGAAGGAUCAUUUAAAAAGGAAUGCGUAUGAAGUUUGCUCCUUCAUAUAAGUAAUUAUUCUAUAUAGAACCAUUAUGUUUGGAUCAUUAAAUACCUAUAUGAAUAUGAGAUCUGAAGCACGUCAAGUUGAAAUUAGGUACAGCUGUUGCUCCUUAGCAGGCUAUGAAGUUGCAAUGCUUCACAUCUCUUCACUACUUAAAGUGCCAUUUCUUGCAUUCAUUUCUUUUGCAGUAAAGCUUCAUUUUUUCCCCUGAGAAUAUUUCUCCCCCAUAGACUUUAUAGAAAUAGAUAAGACAUGGACAAUGGCAGAGGACUUUUUAUUAUCUUUUAGUAUUGACCAUGUAAUUUUCAUUCAUCACUGUAUAAAUUAGCAUAUUUUGAUAGAUCACAUAUUUCAACAUCAAUUUAAUAUUUUAAAGAAUAACACAUUAUAAUUGACAUUCAUAAAAUUAAAUUUAAAACCAUGUAGUUUGAACAAGACUUUAUAUGUAAACACAGCUUUUCUGCCUUUAUAACUACCAAAAAAGCACCUUCAUAAAUGAAAUAUGACAAUGAUUGAAGAAAUUUGGAGAUGAUGUCUUAGUUACACAAAAUUUUUGUGGUGACCUGUCUUUAAGAAAUGUUUUGCCUUAUAAAGACAGACUCUAUAACACAGCUGAGCAAAUUCAAUGUCAACUAGCAUUCACAGUUGGAAAUUUAAAUGAAAAGUUCCACAAGCGUUGCUUUACAAUGAAUUUGUACCUAUAAAGAAAGCACAAAGCAUUAAAUGAUAAUGAUGAUAGAAAAUUUCCAAAUCAACGAUUCCACUUGAUAGUAUUUUUUUGUCUUUAGAAAAUUUAAAAUUUUUCUCAUUAUGCAACUUGAAAUUAUCUUCAGCUAAUUAUUAUUACUAGGUUGGCUAUGUAGUGAGUAGAUUGCUCACAAUUUUAAGUAGGUGAAUAGGUGUACAAAAAAAUGAAACGAAGAGAAAAUGAAAAUACAAUAUUGCCAAUAUUACACUAUCUUUGGCUAAUGUCAAAACAUAAAACUAAUUGUUUUAGUUACAUUGGAUUAUAAUAUAAAGUUUCUUAUGCAAUUUCUUUUAACUAUUUCAACUCUUGAUUAAAUAACUAUUAUACUGUGUGAUCUGUUCUAUGGCACAACAUUUUCUUUGCUAAUCUAUAUAGCUAGUCCUGAGGAAGCAUGAAAAUUUUUUAUACAUUUUACCUGAUUAGAAAUACAGAAUAGUUUCAAGGAAGUCAUUCUGGUGAUUCUUUUUUCAAAGAAACCUCUUUUAUAUUGUAUGUAACAUUAAUCUUCAGAGAAAAAAGUAAUGUUUGUUUCUCUGUAAAUGAAAUUCAGUGAACGAAAUGUACAUUCACCAAAUCACACAUUCUAGGAAAUAAAUAUUUUUGAAAGACAAAAUAAGAACGGACGUUUAGGCUGACUUUUUGUAAUAGUAAAUUGUUUCCUUAAUUUUCAUUAGGUAUACAGUUAUUUCCAAAUUUCCUAAUUGCAUGCUUGUCUCAAGUACCACUGAGAUUGAAUACUUGACUUUAACUUUUAGUUGAACAAAUACAAACAUCCUGAAGUAGAAUUCAGGGCAAAUAUUUGAUUGUUUGAGAAAGCUCAUUUACGUUAAGUAAAAGCGGAAUACUAUAAGCAGUACCUAGAAUAUUAUCUCUAAAAUUACUAUGCUGAUAAUUUUGUUGGCAGGUCUAAAUUACAAUGGAGUUAAGGUUAACAUUUCUUCAGUUCUUAGUAGCUUUAUUUUUGUAUUAUACCCUUAAGAGUUUCAGUCAAUAUGCUUUGCUUUAUUAAUGUAAAGAAUACUACAUUGCUUUAUGAACACAGGUGCCCAAACUAUAAUUAUUCCCCUCAUACAUAAAAGAAUGUAACUACUUUUAUCUUUUUAUUUGACUGUUGGUAAUAUUAACUGACUAAAACUCUUCAUGCAUAUUUGUAGUAUGACAAUAGAAACUUCAAAGAAUUUAAAACACCCAACUGUAUAUUUUUCUGCAUGCAUGGGGCAAAUGAUUGGUGAUUUAACUGACUUUCCAAAUAAGAAGAAUUUAAAUAAAAUUAUAAGAACUUAUUAAACUAAUACCAAGUGAAGAAGGAGAGUUUUUGCAACAUGUUUAGGUCAAACCAUUGUGCUUAAUAAGAAAAGUAGGUCUCAGGAAGAACUGGCAGCCACUGGUUAAUAAAGAUUCAGCUUUAAAUCUUCAUGAUUCAGGUAAUCAUUAAAAGCCAAGAUACUUUUGCUGUGAUUCCUAGACUAUUGAUUGAAAGCCAAAGAAACUUGUGGACCUAGAGGAAGCAGAGAAAUACAUCAAUUACCUGUUCUUGUUCUAGGUAAAAAUGUGAUUUAAUAACCAUCAUCUUUUUUCUUGCUGGUCUUACAAAUAACAGAAACAAAAUUCUAUAACAAUGUCAAAUAGAGCAAAAGUAGGUAAUAAACAUUUUAAAAUAUCACAUCUGUAUACGUCAUCAUUAUCUCACUAGAUUUUACAACAGGAGCAUACAUGAGAUGACAUUCAGCACUAAAUAUGCAAAACAUGGGAAUAAUGCAUAUUUAGUGCUUCUUUUUCAGUGGUCCCCUCCUGAGCUCCGGUAUUGCGAUAGACAUUAUUUGAAAGAACACAUAAGCGCGUGCACAAACACAUCCAUAUAUAGUACAAUUUUGUCAGAGAAAAAAUUUUUAUUUAUCAUUUUUUUCAGUCUUCUGGUUAAAUGCAGUACUUAAAAUAUCUAAACCAAAUUUGGGGAAAUAAAUAAAAGUUAUUUUUCCUAAAGAGAAUUAACUUUCUUAAUAUACUUUCUAUAUUUUUAAUAUUUUCAGCUGUGAAUAUUUCUUCUCACCAUACCUGGUGAUCAUGCUGAAAUUUGCAUAUGAAUAAAUAAAGUAAACUAGUCAACAAAACACUCUAGCAGAAGCACUAGUAAGGAUCCCUGCAGGAAGUAACCUCUAGGUCCAGGACGUCUGCUAGCUAUCUGACUUUUCUUUCAAGUUUUCCCAGAGUCAUAGAUGUGCAUGAGAAAAAAAAGGGUGGUCAAUUGUAUGUGACUCUUGUCUUAGACAGUUUCUAUGGAACUGAGGAAAAGGAAUUACUGAUUUUGCAACAAGAUAUGAAAAAACUAUCACCGUUCAUUGCUGUCUCAGCUGUGCACCUCUAUGAAGAAAAGCAAAAAUUUUAGUUUUGUGUAAUUCAUUUGUUAUAUACUUAUAUGACCUUCAGUUUACAAGUCUGAAACAAUACAAUAUGUUAAUAUAUACUAUGUUAAAUUUUACUAUGUUGAAAUUUAACAAUAAUAAUAUACUAUGUUAAAAUUUAAGAGAAAGCAAGCUUGUGAUUUUAAAUAUAUUCACAUUUUUAUAUUCAACAUAAUAAAGAAGAAAAUGUGUAAAUCAGCA